AUGAGAACCAAAACAACACUCUUCUUUUGGUUAUCUGCAUUUGCCAUUGCACUUGUGUCCAUUACCUUUGCACUCCACAGCUUCUCAUCUCUUCCCUCAACUUCUGUUUUCUCCGAUUAUGUGCAAAGCGGCUUCAAUGUUGCCAGUUUUGAUGGUUUUUUCAAGCAAAGUGGUGAGACCUUAUUGUCAAUCGUGAGAAGCAUUGUGUCCAGAGUCUCCAGACACCAUCAACAGCAGCAGAGGAUAAAUUGCGAUGUGAAAAUAUGGAAAUCGAGUGUGCAAAAGGCAGUAGAUGCUGCUCCUGAGCUUAGCACUAAUAGGACUCUUAUCAUAAUCGAUGCAGGUACUUACAGGGAGAAGGUGACGGUUAAUGCUAGCAAGACCAAUUUGAUAUUUCAAGGUCAGGGUUAUCUCAACACCGCCAUAGCUUGGAAUGACUCUGCCAAUUCUUCUGGAGGGACUGGCCGAAGCGCUUCUGUUUCUAUAUUUGCUCCCAGUUUCACUGCCUACAACAUUAGCUUUAAGAACACAGCCCCGCCACCAUCAGAAGGCAGAAUCGGAGCACAAGCAGUGGCACUUCGAGUUACUGGAGAUCAGGCUGCAUUCUAUGGAUGUGGUUUCUAUGGUGCGCAAGACACACUCAACGAUGACCGCGGAAGACAUUACUUUAGAGAAUGUUUCAUUCAAGGAUCCAUUGAUUUCAUUUUCGGAAGUGCUAGAUCACUAUAUGAGGGGUGCACAAUUAAUUCCAUAGCAAAUCCAGUGAAAGAUGGGAUUCUACUGAAGGGUAGGAUAAGUGGAGCCAUCACAGCACAAGGAAGGAAAUCGAUGCAGGAGCAAAGUGGGUAUUCCUUUGUGAAUUGCAGCAUUGGAGGAAGUGGGAAGGUGUGGCUUGGUCGAGCUUGGGGAGCUUAUGCCACUGUGGUGUUCUCCAGAACAUACAUGUCUGAUGUUGUUGCUUCAGAUGGUUGGAAUGACUGGAGUGAUUCUUCUAGAGAUGAGAAAGUGUUUUAUGGGGAGUACGAGUGCACAGGACCAGGAGCAAAUAAUACAAAUAGGGUCUCAUAUUCAAAGCAGCUCAAUGAAUCUGAAGCUGCACCCUUUUUGGAUGUUUCCUACAUUGAUGGGGGUAUAUGGCUGUCAUAUACUCCACUCUUCAAUCUUCAUGAAGAUUACUAUAAUGAUCACUUUACUUAUACUUACUAG